AUGACUUUAGCGACAGUAAAGAAUAGUCGUCUCGGAGCGACAACCUUGCUCACAUUCGUUAUUCUUGCUCUAGCAUGGUUCGUCGGAUUUGCGUCUCGUCUCUUCGCAAUUGUUCGAUUCGAAUCAAUUAUCCACGAAUUCGAUCCAUGGUUCAAUUAUCGAGCAACUCAUCAUAUGGUUCAACAUGGUUUUUAUAACUUUUUGAAUUGGUUUGAUGAACGAGCUUGGUAUCCAUUGGGAAGAAUCGUUGGUGGAACUGUUUAUCCUGGUUUAAUGGUCACUUCUGGACUUAUUCAUUGGAUUUUGGAUUCACUCAAUUUCCACGUUCAUAUUCGGUAAGAACUAUGUAGAUUUUUUAUAUCUGCAAUUUUAGAUCUGUAAUUCUAGGUCUCAUCCCUAAAAAAUUUAACACGCCUAGACUUAGGCCAAAAAGAUGAAUUGUUCAUUUUAGAAUUUUUGGAGUAAAAAUUUGAGCCGUAUUUUUUUUAGUUUCCAAAGUCACAGAAGAAGUUUUCGAGCUCUGUAAACUCUAGAAUCCACCAAAACCCCUCAAUUAUUUUCCAGUGAAAUUUGUGUCUUCUUGGCCCCAACAUUUUCCGGUCUCACCGCCAUCGCCACCUAUUUCUUGACCAAAGAAUUGUGGAGCCCUGGAGCCGGAUUGUUUGCCGCCUGUUUCAUCGCAAUUUCACCAGGAUACACUAGCAGAUCAGUUGCCGGAUCUUAUGAUAACGAAGGAAUCGCAAUUUUCGCACUCCAGGUAUAUUUUUGCAUAGAAAACCUGUUUAUCGAAAAAAAAACAAAUCCAUUUUUAAUUACGGUGUAAACAAAAAUGGGCAUAAAAAUUGAUGUAAAUCGUGGGAAAAUUUUUAGCCUUUUUAUUGGCGGGAAAAAUACAUAACGUUUUGUAGGAAAAAAAUAUAUAAAUCUACUUGGAAAAUCUGCAAAUUUUAUUUUAUCAUAAUAAAAUCCAAAAACUCCAUUUUUUCAGUUCACCUACUUCUUAUGGGUCAAAUCACUGAAAACCGGUUCAAUUAUGUGGGCUGCUCUUUGUGCACUUUCAUAUUUCUACAUGGUUUCCGCAUGGGGUGGUUAUGUAUUCAUUAUCAACUUGAUUCCUCUUCACGCACUUGCUCUUAUCAUUAUGGGAAGAUAUUCAUCAAGAUUGUUUGUUUCCUACACAUCCUUCUAUUGUUUGGCAACAAUUUUAUCGAUGCAAGUUCCAUUUGUUGGAUUCCAACCAGUUCGAACAUCUGAACAUAUGCCAGCUUUUGGUAUUUUUGGACUUCUUCAGGUGAUUUUGUUUAGACUAAUUCAAUUUUUCACCCAAAAAAUGUUUUCAGAUCGUCGCUCUUAUGCACUACGCUCGUAACCGUAUCACUCGCCAACAAUUCAUGACUCUUUUCGUCGGAGGUCUUACAGUUCUUGGUGGUCUCGCUGUCGUCGUUUAUUUCGCUCUUGUUUGGGGUGGAUAUGUUGCACCAUUCUCUGGAAGAUUCUAUUCUCUUUGGGACACUGGAUACGCCAAAAUUCACAUUCCAAUCAUUGCUUCGGUUUCUGAACAUCAACCAACAACUUGGGUAUCGUUCUUCUUUGAUUUGCAUAUCACUGCUGCUGUUUUCCCAGUUGGAUUGUGGUAUUGUAUCAAGAAAGUUAAUGAUGAAAGAGUUUUCAGUGAGUUUUUUAAAAACAAUCUUUUGAAAUUCAGCCUCAUAACUUUUCAGUCAUAAUAAAACUCAAUAAAUUUUUUUUCCAGUCAUUCUCUACGCUGUUUCUGCUGUCUAUUUCGCCGGAGUUAUGGUCCGUCUUAUGCUUACCCUUACCCCAGCUGUUUGCGUUUUGGCCGGAAUCGGAUUCUCUUACACAUUUGAACGAUAUUUGAAAGACGAGGAGAAAAAUGGAAGUGGAGCUGGAUCGAAAGACGAAAAAAUGUACGAUAAAGCGGCGAAAAAUGCAAAAUCGAAGGUAUACAGUGAGGAUGUGUUGUCUAUGUCUGGUGUAUGUGUUUUUGUGUUUGUCCUUGUGUUUUAUGUUGGGGAAAGUUGGGUUUUUGUUGCUGGAAAAAUUGGAUUUAUUACAGUUGUAGUGUGAAUUCGACUGAUUUUUUUUGUGAAAAAUAAUCAAAAUUCACUGAAACAAACAGUUUUCAGUAAAUUUGAUCCAUUUCGAAACGUGGUUUUAUCAAAAAAUUUGGUAAAAAAUUUCAAAAUAUUACCGAUAUUAUUUCUUCAAAACUAAAAAUUCUUAGGCUUUUUUUGUUCGUUUGAUUUGUUUUUCUCUGUUAAUCCCACGCCCAAAAAAUUCUUUUCUCAAAUUUCAAAAUUUCAGACAACCACAACUGAAGGAGAAGAAAAUGGUGUUUCAGUCAAUGUUCGUACCGUUAUCGCUGUUCUUUUGCUCAUUUUCUUGUUGAUGUUUGUUGUUCAUGCCACUUAUGUCACUUCCAAUGCCUAUUCUCAUCCAUCAGUUGUUUUGCAAAGUUCUACACAAAAUGGGUGAGUCUUUUUUGGAACAUUGAAAUUCUCUGAAUUUAUUGAAAUGAAAACUAGAUUUUUCUGAUGUUUUUGAAAUUUUUUUUCAAUUGAAAAAUUUGCUAUUUCAAAUAUCCCAUAUCCUCCUUUCCAAUGUUUUGGUUUCAAUUAUACCAAAAAAACGAUAAAAUAUUUUUUGCAGUGAUCGUAUUAUUAUGGAUGAUUUCCGUGAGGCUUAUCACUGGCUCCGCGAAAAUACAGCUGAUGAUGCUCGAAUUAUGUCAUGGUGGGAUUAUGGUUAUCAAAUUGCUGGAAUGGCUAAUCGCACAACUUUGGUUGAUAAUAACACUUGGAAUAACUCGCAUAUUGCUUUGGUUGGAAAAGCAAUGUCUUCAAAUGAAUCGGCUGCUUAUGAAAUUAUGACUGAACUGGAUGUCGAUUAUAUUUUGGUGAUUUUCGGUGGAGUUAUCGGAUAUUCUGGAGAUGAUAUCAAUAAAUUCUUGUGGAUGGUUCGAAUUGCUCAAGGAGAACAUCCAAAAGAUAUUCGAGAGGAUAACUAUUUCUCAGCUUCUGGUGAAUAUACAACUGGUGCUGCUGCAUCCGAAACCAUGUUGAAUUGUUUGAUGUAUAAAAUGAGUUAUUAUCGUUUUGGUGAGACUCGCGUUGGAUAUAAUCAAGCUGGUGGAUUUGAUCGAACACGUGGAUAUGUUAUUGGAAAGAAGGAUAUUACAUUGGAAUAUAUUGAAGAAGCUUAUACUACUGAGAAUUGGUUGGUUAGGAUUUAUAAGAGAAAGAAGUUGCCGAAUCGACCAAGUUUGAAGAAUGCCGAUGUUACGAUUCCGAUUAAGGGAAAGAAAUCGCAACAGGUAAUUUCAUUUUUGUUUUCGAUAAUGAGGUUCCAAAGCAAAAAAGUGCUCAAAAAUAUUUUUACAAUACAUUUUUAUCAGUUUGAAAAAAAAUUUGGGUUGAAAUUCAUAGUUUUUCAAGUUUCUCAAAAGUCCCAUAUUUUUCAGGCCAAAAAACAAGAAGGGAGUAAUCCGACCAGCCGCCACUGCCACCAAAGCCUAAUUUAUUUUUUUGCCGCCAAAAAAUUUGCUGAAAUGGGUUUUUCAACAAACAAAGAUUGCGUUUUUUCUCUCCUUUUCUAAUUGAAAAUAGUCCAAAAUUCUUUAUAUGUGUUCUCGGAUUGUGUUUUACGGAUUUUUUUAAAUUAUUGAUUUUCCCCCCUUUUCUUCUUUGGCCCCCGUUGUUUAUUAGUUUUAAAAGUGACAAAAAACUUGUUGUGAUAUUGGACUUGGAUAUGUAAUUUAUUUUUAUUUUACUUUUUCUUUUCCUUAAAUGUAAUAAAAUUAUAUUAUUUGAUUAUUUGACCUUCUGCUGCAGUUUUAUUAGGUGGGUUUUCUUCUUUUUGUCGGUUGGUUUAUUGUUUUCUGAUUUCUUGAAACAUUAAUUUUUCAACUAAAAAAUCUAGAAAUUUUUUUGAAAAUUUACCAAAAAAUUGGUAAAAAUUUCUCUACUUUUAAAAGCAGUAUUUUUGGAAUUUUUCUUUCAAGUUUUUCUUCAAACUUCUAUUUUUUUCAGAUGCCAGAAUUUCAGCUUCUGAUAACCGGAUUAAAACAAAUUGUGCAAAUUGUUGAUAAUUCAGAUCAGCAAUUUUUGAAAGGCGGAGAAAUGAAAAAUAUCAAAAUCCUCGAAUCGAAAAACAAUAAUUUGUGCAUUUUAGUCGAUAAUUCAGGAAAAUUUAGCUAUGUUGGAGAAUUUUCGGAGGAAAUUCAAAAGAAAAAAGAAGAUAUUGGAGAAGUUAUCGAAACUUGUGGAGGAAUUGCGAUUCCAGGUAUAAAAAUGAGUUCGCAGGGAGCAGAACUCAAGCUCGAGUGUCGCACUCGCCAGCAAAAUACACUACCACAUUUUAGUGAGAAAAUAGUUGUUUUUCAGGUUUUGUCGAUGGACAUAGUCAUCCAGUUUUUGCUGGUGAUCGAGUUCAUGAAUUUGCGAUGAAAUUGGCUGGAGCAAGUUAUAUGGAUGUGCAAAAUGCGGGAGGUGGAAUUAUGUUCACAACUACGAGGACAAGAGAAGCAAAAGAGGAGGAUUUGAAGAGAGAUUUUGAAAAGGUAACAUUUUAUGUUGAAUUGCCACGUCAUAGUUUGAUAUCAAAGACGGUGUAUUUUGGAGAAAAAUGAAGAUUCAAAACAGCAAAAUUUUAUUCACGAUAAAACUUAUGGCCGAAUUUUGAAACAGUGAAAUUUUUUUCAAUUUUCAUAACAUUUGAAAAACUUUGAAACAGUGAAUUUUUUAGAUCCAAACUUUACGUAUUAAUUAUUUUCACGUGAUCCAAUUUUUCUCCAAUUUUUUUUGAAUCACAAAUUUAUUCAUUUUCAAUUUUCAGAUUGCCUGGAAAAUGCUAAAAAAUGGAACAACAACUUUAGAGGCAAAAUCUGGUUAUGGGUUGGAUAUCGAAACCGAAUUGAAGGUUAGUAUAUUGCCACGUGGACAACUUCCAAUUUUUCCCAUUUUCAGAUGCUCCGUGUGCUUUCCAAUAUCUCCCCCCAAAUUCCUCUCGAAAUUUCGGCCACAUUUUGCGGAGCCCACGCAAUUCCAAAAGGUUCCACCGAAAUUCAACAAACCCGAAUGAUUUGCGACGAAUUGUUGCCCAAAAUCGAGCACGAAAAAAUGGCGGGAAAUCUGGGGAACGUGGAAAAUAUCGAUGUAUUUUGUGAGAAGGGGGUUUUCGAAGUUGCCACAAGUCGAGAGAUUUUGCAACGUGGCAAAGAGGCGGGACUCGCCGUCAAUUUUCAUGCGGAGGAAUUGGUGUAUAUUGGUGGUGUUGAGAUGGGCGCGAAAUUGGGGGUGAGGUUUUUUGUGGGAGCGCGGGAAGCGGGGUGGUUUUGAAGGAUUGUUAUUUUUAUCUUCUUUUUUUUCGUGUGAGCCCGUAGAUUUUGGAGAAAAUUAGAAAACAACGGAAGUUUUCUUAGGGACAGUAGAUAUUGUGUUAUUUUGCUGUUUCAAAAUUAUAUAUAAUUAUAAUAUGUAUAGUUUUACACAGAACUAGUAGAAAAAAAUGAUCUACAGCGAAUUCGGGAUCAAAAAUCAUGAAGUAAAUAUUAGAUGGGGGUAGUAAAGUGGUUAGCACCAAAACUACUACGAUAUUUUGGCCCUAUAUUUUGUCUUUUCGCCUGAACUCUCUUCAUUUCACGUUGUAUUUUAUCAAAAUAAUAUCAGAUAAAUAUCAUUCUUUUAACAUUUUAUCACAAGAGGCAAAUUACAUAUAAUUAUUAUUGAAAUUUAAAAAAAAAACUUGGCAAAAAAGGAGGCCAGAAAUUCGAAUGUUACUUUUUCCAAGUACGGUGUCUUUCUGUGUUCGGGAAAAAUGCCAAUUCAGGAGAAAAAUCCUCAAAAUGUGGUGUUUCUGUGAGACGAAAACGUUGAAUGAUUGACAUCUGAAAAAUUAAUAUACUUUCUUUUUUCCGAAUUUCUUUUUUGAAAAUUCAACUCACAACUUGGUACUGUAACUUUUAUUUUAUUCGUCCAAAAAAUAUCAAAAACAUGUUGACGUAAUUGUGAAUUAACACAUAAAAUAAUAAUUGGUGAACAUAUAUUAACAAUAGCCCAACCUAAUACUUGAAUUGCGGCAUAUGAUGAAUUUGCGAAUGUUGGACUAAUUGCGUAGGCAAACUUGAAACAACAAAAUGUGUUCUUGGUGCAAAAACCCUAAUUUUCUUUUGAAAGCGUAGUUAAACUUUCAAAAAUUGAAAAAUAUUGUUUUUGAAUUUUUUUUGAUCCUAACAAUCAUAUCACAAACUUUUAUUAUUGGAAUCAAAAAGUUAGGCAAACGGCCAGAAAUUGAAUCUUUCCAAGUAUGGUAUUUUUAGCCAAAUGGUGCGAGACCCGUUGAUAAAAAAAAAGCUUUUUUGAUUCUGUAUCUCUGCCCAAUGGAAUCAUACAUGACACUGCUCCCAAAACUGUGA